AUGGCUGACCCAUCAAUUCAAACAUUUUGUUGCCGGAGAGCUCUUGAUUAUCAUCCGUCUUAUAAACUCAUGAACGAAUUCAAUACAGACCGUUUUAAUAUGGUGUGUUUACUGUCUUCGAUAAUAGGUAUAACUGGUGCAGCAUACCAGAUAUUACCAAAAGUCGAGCUAAAAGUUCCAAAUAGAUUUUAUUCAAAUAUCAUGCGGCGAGGAAAAUAUAUUAUAAUGUGGUUAGCAAUAGCAGAUAUCUGUGCAUCAUUGGGUAUACUUUUAAGGUCUUGUUUAAAACUAAUGCAUCAUUUUCAAUGGUACGAUGGACAACCAUAUACAGUUUCUUGUAUAUUUUUAGCAGUUUGGAUUCAAUACUUUUACAUUGUAACUUGGUUUUGGACUUUGUCAUAUGCUGUAGACAUGUGGAGAGCAUAUCAAGAUAAACACUCAUGUAGAAAAUUAUAUCAUAUGGUUGCUUGGUCAAUUCCUGCCAUAUUUACAUUUAUUGGACUUUCUACUCUUUAUAGACCAAAUGCAAACUGUCACAAUUUGAGCCUCAAAGAAAAUAUUGUUAUGAAGUUCCUUCCAAAUUAUUUUUUUACGUUUUUGCCAGUCAUCGUUGUUAUGGUAGUCAAUCCAGUGCUUUAUUCUUUAUCCACUGGCUACAUAUACCACAUAAUAACUUCAUACAUGGCACAAUACUCAACAAAUGAACGGAAAAUGUUGGACUUAUUUAAACAGAGAUUUGCAUUAAUUAAUCUAGCAUUUUACUUGUGUUGGGCACCCAAUUUAAUCAAUGCAGUAAUAGUUUGGACGUCUUGGGAUAAUCUACCAAAUGGUGUGAUGCUUACACUUUGGUAUCUAAUGGCUAUUUUGAAUCCUAUGCAAGCAUUUUUCAACAGUUUCCUCUAUAACUUACUUGAACAUACGGAGCAAAUCUGUUGUAAAUGUUUUGGUGCUCAAAGUCGAGUUCAAGAAAUGGUAGAAUGUAGACCUUUAUUAAUAGCUAAUGUAAAAGGUUCGUCAAAUUCAAAUGGUUAUGAAAUAAUUGAAUGA